AUGGUCAACGGGAAGCCGCAGCAAGGAGGCGCCGAUGGCGACGAAGCGUCCACUUCAGCCCCGGACCCCAAGAAGAAGGGGAAAGCGAGGACUUCAGGCUCUCUCUCGCAGCUGAUCCUCCAAGCCUUCGAGGCCUGCCACCCGCGGAAGAGCUUGUCCCUGGCCGCGCUCAAGAAGUUCGUCUCCGAGGCCGGCUUCAACAUCCACAGGAACACCAACCGCCUCAAGAGGGAGCUGCGCCAGUUGGUGUCCAACGGUCUCCUCCUGCGCGUGACCGGCACCGGCGCCUCGGGCUCCUUCAGGGCCAAGAAGAAGAGCGGAGGAGACAGGAAGCAGAGGAAGAAGCAGCAGGCGAGGAAGAAGCAGCCGGCGGUGAAGAAGCCCAAAGGCCUCCGGGGCAGGGCUUCCUCGGGCGCUCCUGGCAGGAGGCGCCAGCUCAACAAGCGCCCACCAAGCGGGCAGAGGGCACGCUAA